UGAUCUAUCUAUGGAUACACUGGUUCAAGGUGUGUAUUUUUCUUUCCUAGCUGCCAUGAUGCUUUGUGACCCAGGGGUCCCCCACCUGAGGGAGACUGGGAUGACUGCACCUGAUCCCCGGAAAGGAGGCUAGGGGAAAAGACAAAAGGAAAGCCAACAGCAGGACAAGAAACUACUAAUGACCCAUGCAGCUCAAGUGAAGGACUCAAUACUGAAGCCAAAAUGCUAAAUACCAGCUGUCUAGAACGUGAGGAGAAGCAACCAGCACUGGAAUGGUGUGGCUAACUCCUAACAACACUGUGAGAGGUGGGAGGAGAGGCUGGCUUUCAUACAGAGGGAGGGACUCAGAGAGCAUGGAGCUUCAUUCACUCUGCUAAACACACACACACACACACACACACACAUGCUCUGCAAAGCUGUUCUCAGGCUGAGAGAAAAGAGGGGAGCGGAGAAGACAGCACGCUCGCUGAGUGGUGACAGACAGGAAAAACAGACACUGAGUGAGGCCAAAGAGGAACAGAGGGGUUCAUCAAACCCUAGAGAGCAGGGAGAUUUCAGAUCCUGUGACUUAUUCACGACAGAAGACACACUGAUCCGGGUGGAGGUACGGGGCCUUAGCUCCCAGGACCAACCUCCAGGAUGUCCCGGAGGAGGUCUACAGGUGACCUUGUGCCCAGGGACAUCACUGAGGUCUUAGCCCGAGAGGCGAGGGUUCAGCGUGGGCAGAAGAAGCCAGGAAGCACCCUGGGACAGGCCUUCAGCUGGCUAAAGGGGAGCCGGAAGAAGAAGAACAUCGCCAAUGGGCUGAACCGAACUGGUAUUGGUGUGACGGAUGCCAAACUGGGACUUCAGAACCAUGAGCCUGCAAAAGCUGGCCCAAAGGGGAAUGAAGACCAGAAGAGAUUGACCGUCCACUACACGACCUCUCGGCACUACCAGGACAAUGUUUUCAUUGAGGGCAGUAGGCCGCAGUACCUGGAGGACCUGCACACUGAGGCCCAGGAAGGCCUCAAGAUACUACAGCAGGAAGAACACAAGAAUGGGGUGAACUUUCCUGACGAUGAGAGUAUUGCUUCCACAGACACUCUCCGUCCGGAGCAGGAUAUCAGCUCCAAGGACGGAGGUUGCUCUCCGGAGUUGAGAUCCACCACCGGGAGUACUGAUACCACAGUAACCUCUGCUGUGUCGACUCGGCCUGUGCUCACCCGCCAAGGUUCUACAUUCAAGCCUCUGAAUCCAGUUAAAAGAUUAGAUAAGAACAGGAAGAGGAGCAGGAGGACCACCAUCAUGGGAAUUCCCAACCAGGUCCAAAAAGAGCUUGCAUUGCACAGAAGCUCAACCUUUCAGCCGCUUGUUUCUACUCAGCCCAUUAAUCACGACGGAAACAGCCAGUCAGGUGUUGUUAUCAUUCCUACUGUUGAUGGAGGGACUCAAGUCGCGAAUAAGGAGGGAGCGAGGGUGCACCUUUCAGAGCUGGAGCAGGCAUCCAGAGAUGAACAGCUGCUAAGGAAGCACCUGGGGGCCAUGUUCGAAGAUAAGCAGCCCUUCAACAACGAAGGCUUUGGCUCCUCAACCCUGAGACCCAAGUCCCUUGCAGUACCUGGCAUGACCACUUCCUCCUCCUUCUGUCCUUCAACAUUAUUUAACUUCCUCCAGGAACCCCAGGGCCCAGUGAUGUCCAUAUCUCCUCAGGCCACCUACAUGUCUACAAUCAUCCCUAAUGCGGUCUUACCAGCCUCGAUUGAAGUCAUAGAGAUCGACCGUAGCAGCAGCCGAACACGUGGUGGUAGUGUAAACCAUGGCGGUAGUGUCCGCACUGUAAGCAAAAGCAGCCUGGCAUCUGGGGACUCGUCAGUGAGUCCUUUGUUGUCCAGAAGAUCAGAUGGUGAUGGUUCCCACAACGACAAUUCCCACAACGACUCCACACUAAUGCCCACAUCGGCUUCUGGGUCGAACUGGAGUGAGUCACGGUCUUCAAAGACCCUUAUUUCAAACUCCUCCCCUGUAUCCUCUAAGGGUAGCACACGAAGUGGUAACUCACAGCGAGUGCGUCUAAAUGGGCAAGAAACCCAGACAGAGCAGUCUAGUGCAGACCAAGACCAUGUCAGUCUCCGUAGCUCAGUUAGCAUGAUUAACAGCCCCAGCUGUAAAAGUGAAGUUGUUGUUACAGCUCAAGGAUCUGAGCCUGGUGUUUCAGGGUCAGUGGCUGCUGGGGAGGAUGCAAAAACCAAACAGAAUUUCAGUCGUAGUCUAUCAGUUAUGAAGACCAAGCAACCCCCUGCACCUCCAAGGAGAACAAAUUCUCUGCAUAGUAAUAAGAUCAGGAGCAACGGCAGAGUUUUGGUGGAAAGUAAAGAUCUCAAUGACUCUGUGUCUAGACUGGUGGCAAAUGUCACAGAAAAUACAGAUGAGAUAACAGUUGCUACAGAUACCAGUAAGAUUCACACCCCUGUACUGAUCUCCACUGGAUCCAGCUCUCAAGAUGCUUCCUCUAGUCCUUUGAGCCCCACACGGGUCUCUGCCAAUGAGGCAGGAGGAGCAACGGAGCCUCAGCCAGAGUCCAGUAGCUCCUCCCCACAGAAAACUCCCUCAGAAGGGGGUAAAUUUGAACGGACCAUGUCCCCUUCCAGUGGCUACUCCAGUCAGAGUGGCACUCCGACACUUUCCCCAAAAGGGAUCUCCCCAACCUCCCCUGACAAACAGAAGAAGAAACCGAUCAAACCAGAGAGAUCAGUGUCCCGGGUCUCUUCCUCAGCAGCGUCUCCUUCCUCCUCUCUUACUUCUCUGUCAUCCAGUACAUCUGAGCCUGUCAAUCCAGAUGUUUCCAGAUGUAGCCCCAGUCUGCCUCCACAGGGGUUUCCACCCAUUGUUGCUGCGAAAGAACUCAGUCAUAAUAACAAUUCUUCACCUUUGAGCGUUGAAGUCAGAGAACUGUUGAACAUCCCACCACCUCCCAAAGUCAAAGCCCCAUGUCCACCUCCACCAGAGACAUGGGUUCACAACAGACGCUCCUUUGAGCUCCUGUGUGGGCCUUGCCCUGAUGUCAGCAAAGUAACCCAGAAACCAGCACUGAUACGAGACAGCACAGUUAAACAAGCAGGAACUCAGACUGAAGCCAGCGAGGAGGUGCAACUUUUAGUUGAAAAACAAUCAACUAUAUGCGAGUCUGUCUUAGAAUUGUCAGAAAACAAAGCAAAGCCUGAGACAUUGUUAGCAGCAGGUACUGAAGGUGUUAACAAAGAGUUGGAGAAUAGGGAAUGUACGGAAAGUACAGAACAAGAGAGGAAGCAAGCAAGUGCAGACAUUCCGAAACAAGAGCAGAGUAGUAGCCCUGUAGUGAAGAACCCUGAGAGUCAAGAGACAUCUCCAAAGAAAGAUCCCCCUCCUGUCAAGAAGAAACCCAUGAUAGUACUGCACAGAGAGGAACCUGUGUCAACAGAGCACUCAGUGGAUGGACAACGAAAGAAAAUGAGCGGUGCCGUGACAGAAAUGAUUUUACCAGUUGAGAACCAUACAACCUCCUCACAGAACGGGGUUAUAGUUUUAGUUGAUAGAAGUGAGAAUGGGAUGGACAAAAGUGAGGUUACAUCCACGCAGACGCUUUCCACAGAGGUCCCCAAAAUUAACAAGGCCUCACCACCACCUACCCCUCCCCCAGCAUACCAGCCUACACCUCCUCUGUCAAGAAAGACACCUCCAUCAUCAGUAUCUAUGCCACCAGAUGAACUACAGCAGGUACAGGAGGAGAUUAAUGUUGUAGAGACUUGCUGGCCACCUCCUCCGCCCCCUAUGGAAGGGGACUCUGUCUUUGAUGGAGGAGAUGAGGUUGACUUUCCACCACCUCCUCCACCCUUUGAGGCAGACAGUGUGCCAAAUGUAAUGGACAGUUGUAUCACAGAGCAGCUGAAUGUCUCAAAAAGACCCACAGAGGAAGUUGGAGAGACAGUUGAGGAUUCAAGUGAAGCCCGGACUUCUGUACAUGGACAAAUUCUAGAUUUGCCCCCUGCUCUUCCACAAACGGUAACUGACACCAAGCCCGAGUUUGUUGUGCAUGUUUUAAAAGCUGAUACCUGUGAUGAGAUUUCCUGCAGACCAGUGGAGCUUGUCCUUCCUCCAACAGUGGAGGCGCCUCCUUUGCCACGUAUUACAACAGCAGAAAACCCAGUAUCAGUCUCUGCUUUAGUUCCUCCCAGCAGCUUCCUGAAGCGAGACUCUCUGAAAAUUGAAGAUCGUUCUCCCAACGAGCCUCUCGUCAGUGCCCAACCUCCCGUUACUGUCCCAGUUGCACCCCCUUUACCAGCAGACAAUUUAACCCAUGGGGUUAAUUUCAGAAGGCAGCCCAGUUUAGCAAAUCGAGAUGCCAGAAGCAAGGAGCUCCUUUCCCGCCACAAAAGUGCACCCAUUCCCAAAGAAGAUGCUAACAUACCUCUUGUCACCCCAUCACUGCUUCAGAUGGUUCGUCUUAGAUCAGUCAACAUGACUGAAGAUCAGGUGAAAGCUCCAUCGGAGGACAAGUCAACAAACCAGGGAACUCCAGUUCAGGAGAAUUACCCAGUCUCAAACCCGGGAUCUCAAAACACUCCACAGAAGCCCAUCCGCAAGUCUCUGUCACUAAAAUCUCCCCCUCAGACGGUAAAAACACCCUCUGUGACACUCAAUACCCCUUCUAUGCGCUUACAGGAAGCAAUACGUAUGAAAACUGCAGCCAUGUCUUCAAGAGAUGGUCUUCCAUCCCGACUGGGUGUGAGAUCCUCCCCUUACAGCUCUGUCAGUGAACAGGGGGCUCUGUCCCUGAAACCACCUGAAGGAUGUGACAUGCACAAGUCCCCAGCCUCUACCGCCAGCUUCAUCUUUUCCAGGAGCACAAAAAAGGUUGUCAUAGAUACUGCAGCCGCCUCCUCCCCUGAAGCUCAGGCUAGUCUGAAGCAAAGCUUGGCGGCCGAGCUCAUGCAGGUGUCUGACCAAUCAAAGGCCGCUGCUUUCUCCAAUGGUGGGGUGAAGUCUGACAAAGUUCCUCCACCAGUAGCUAAGAAACCAGCCCCCGGGAGCAUCAGUCCUUCACCGAUUCAUCCUGCUUGUUCAGCCAAGACGGACUGUAGUGCUGAAGGAAACGGAACAAUAGGAGGAGAACAUAUGAGUGGAAUAACACCUCCUGAGACAACAACCACAAGAGUGACAGCGGACACAAUUGAAACACUGUUUUGAGAGAGCGCUGUGGUGAUUGACUGAGGACCACGCCACAGGAACAAGCAAAGACUACAAGCAAGUAAAAGGACAACUCACAGCAAGGACUGAUAUUACCGAGAGACAUAUAACUCAACUAUCAGAGUGUUGUGUGUGUUAAAUCUUCUCCAAAAGCCUUAGCCUGUAAUGGCCUUCCUACAUAUUUAUGCAAAAAAAAAUGUGUCGCUCCCAAUUUCUUAUGAUAGCUUUAUUCCGGAGUAUUUUUCUAAGCUAUAGUUUAUCUCUUAUUAAGGCCCCUCAGGAUGAAAUGGUGUACAUUGACUGAAUUGUAAAUAUACGGCUUGUGUGAGAUCGCCUCCCAGAGGUAGAAUUAGGUAGAGGUCACUGCAGCUCAGAGGAAAGGAUUUAUCUUGACAAAGCAUUUCUGUACAGAGGUUUACUGUCUGUCUUUUUUCUCUGUUGUAAUAUAAUACACCAUUUUCAUGGGGAUUUAAGCAAUUGUCAUAAAAGGUCGACAAUGGCAUCCAUUACAAGACAAAUCAGCAUUUUAUUGCUUUCUUUGCUUCAAGAUCUGACUAAAAACUAAUUGUCACGCUUCGUUUCAGUCCUGCUUUUCACUGUGUGGAUGGAUAUAUCAGGAAUAGUGUUUGAGAAAAAGGGAAGCUGCAUACUCACAAGAAUAAGAGGAAGAUAUUUUGUCAUUUAGGACAGAGGCACUUUUGUAAAGCUACAGAUAAACAUUUACAUUAAAACACAGAAAAGCAUCUGAUUACAGCAACAGCUAAACUGUCAAUGCUUCUACACAAUGCUCUUGGGUUUAGUUAAGGUCAGCCCAACAGUAACAACACAGUAACACAAGUAUCCUAUUUAUUUAUGUGUGGUUGUUUCCACUAGUAGCACUGUCGGUCAUCUUUUCCUACCAAAUCUGAAAUAUUUAAGAAUCCGUUUCAUCUGAAAACCACUUUUAGGGCUAUGGAUGUGACGAUUGGCCCUGGAUGAUUGAUACACUGGAGUAGACUUAGUGUGAGGUCAGUGUUUUUAUUAAAUGUUCUGUGUCUAAAACUUUGGCCCAAGCCUUUUUUGGUGGAAAAUCCAGCGCAUCACUAUUUGCACAAAAUGCUUUCCCCCAGCAAAAUCAUUAGUGAGUGAAUUGUACUGACUCUUUGUAAUGGGUCAAAAAUCGACAUCUUGAUGACUAUAAGAAAUUAUGUACAGUUAUUACUUCUAUAAAUAAAAUUUAAGUGUAUUAAAAA